UAAAACACAUUUUUAGUGUUAUAUAAUACAUAUUUUAUAUUAUAUUUGUACAUUUCGUUCUUUAAACACCAUUAUUUCAAUUAGAAAUGGGAAAAUUCCUGAAACGUUCAGUCUUAAGCCCCUCCCACAGAAGAGUCCCAGAAGCCAAUCAGGUGUGAGAACAGAGGUCAGGUGACCCGAGCUCCGCCGCCAUCUUUGUUAAUGGAUGUGAAGCCCGACAGGAGGAGCAGCAGCAGAGCUUCGGGGUGAAGGUGUUGGUUUCUGGGCUGGGAAACAUGGUCCAGACGUGCUCAGCGUACGGCUGCAAGAACCGGUACCACAAAGACAAAAACAUUUCAUUCCAUAAGUUCCCUCUGGCUCGUCCAGUUGUUUGUGGGAAGUGGGUCGCCGCCAUGAGGAGGAACAACUUCAUGCCGACGAAGUACAGCAACAUCUGCUCGCAGCAUUUCACCGCCGACUGCUUCAAGAGGGAGUGCAACAACCGCGUGCUGAAGGAGAACGCCGUGCCGUCGCUCUUCACCUUCAACCUCAGCAUAAAGUCAGACUCUUUGGAGGAUCCGUUCUCAGGGAUCCACUUCCCUCUCUCUCUGACCUCUGACCCUGUAGCGACAGCAGAGGAGGGGGAGCCUGAGAGGAUCGAUGCAGACGGCCGCAGUGACACGGCGGUGGUCUCCUGCGAUCACAACUACACGGUGGAGGACUCUGCUCAGCAGAAGAAACGCAUCGAGCAGCUGGAGGAGCACCUGGACCUCCUGAGGAAGAAGCUGAAGACCAUGCAGCAGAAGUGUCGGCGCCAGGAGCGACAGCUGAAGAGGCUGAAGACCACCUGCCAGGUGCCCAGACCGGGCCGCGAGGCGGGGCCCACGUUCGCUGGAGAGUACGUGAUCUUACCCAAACAGAUGUACAUCUCCCUGAGAGGCAUCGAGUGAUGACGAGACAAC